GCAAACGUGGAGUUCACAAGCAGCGCUCUGAGCGGAUGUCAGGACGGAAGAGUGAUCGGAUCGGUACCAACUGUAACAGAUGACAGGUAAGCUUCUGAGUAACAUCCAAGCCAUAAACUAGUAAAUACACUCCCGUAACCUCCUGCCAUAACCCACCCCUUAACUACCAAAGAAAGGAAUAGCACUCAUGCCUUCAAAAUUUGCCGAUCGUUGAAAGAUAUUCUCGGCCCUUUACGAAAAUGGUUGCUUAGCAAAAUCUGUAAAUGCGGAGUUUCUGUGAUGGCACAACUCCUUUCAAGUAGAUUUUCACUUAUACACCUGUAUUCCACGCUUGUUAAAAGUGCAUGCGCUUGGAAACCUGUUCAUGCGAUUUUAAGUUUUCGAUUAAAACUAGUGAGUCCAUUUUUUCUUUUGGGCCUUUCCUUAGUCUUGUUUGCUCUUCAUGGCUAUGCCUUUUUUAUCAUAACGAUCACUUUCAAUUGUUGGUCGUUUCAGCACGCAAAAAAGCUGGGUAAAACAAUUGUCCGGAAUUUAUAUUUCCUGCAUUAUAGGAGUUUAGAGGGUACUUAAGCAAAACAGUGAUCUCUAUUUGUCAACAACAUAUCAGGUAUUCUAUUUAAAAACACCUUGUGGUGUGUAAUAUGGAAAGACUGGUGUCGUGAAUUUGUCAAUAUCUCUCACUACCAUCACCAGAGUUCUCAGUUCUCUCUUCUGUCAAAUGAUCCUCCACGUCACAUCCUAAUAGCGUAAUAUCAAUUCUCGACACUGUUACCUUGUAUCUAGGAGAGGUUACAUCGGUAGCUCCGCUUUUUUACCCCCUCUUUCAUCAGUGAUCCAUUUUACUGGUAUUUAAAGCUACUUAAUGCUAUAUGGAUAGAAAAACUGAUUCGAAUGACAGGAUUUGAAGUAAAGCCUGAAAAACCAACUUAGUACCUCUCGUACAGAAGACCCCGCACUGACUAACUAACUGUGCCAAUUCUUUCCACUGUCAAAAUGAACCUAUUGAUGAAUUGCUGCAUCCUGCCUGACUGAUCCUGAAUGAUGGUCUGUUUCACUGACUUACUUAAUCACAAGCGAUUAAUUACGCCUCAAUAUAUACCUGCCCAAAAUUUGGACUGAAAUCACUAAGUCUGCGCGCACUAAUCUUUGAUUCAACCUGCAAAAUAGGAAGUUAGUUAUCCGAAUCGCAAUGAGAAGCCGCAAAUACUUUUUAACGACAAUUUAACCUUCACUAUAAGGUAAUAAGAAAAGGAUAGAAAUUGCAGUCCCCGAACGUUGGCCAGUUAUUUCUUUGUCAGCUCAAUAAGAUAAAACGCAACCGUUUUAUGCUUAACCUCCUAAGCACAAUUUUCUAUACAAUAUUCAUUCGAAAAAACGCCGUGGCAUUUAUUAAUUUUUUAGCGUUUCCGAUGUGGCGUUUAUAUGUACAAGUGUAGCGUUCAUAUCAAAAUCACAUUUGACAAAAAUAACUACGAUAAACCUGAUUUGCAAAUACUUUUUAAAACAGAAAGAUUUCCAGUGUCUUGUUUUUGUUUUUUCCUGAAAUGGACUCGUCAUUGUCUGGAUGGUGUAGAUUACCAAGUUGUAUCGAAUUUUUUCUCAAAUUCCUUGAAAAAAUCCCGUAUUUUUCUGAUUGGAUGCCAUGUUUUUAAGACGAGGGCAGCGUUUAUUGGUAAUAUUGCUUCUAUCUGCCGCGUUUAAUCAAGGGCAGCGUUUAAUCGAGUUAAUGCAGGAGAGAACUUAUUAGCAAACGUUACUUAUCUGUUUGGAAUAAACAGACUGAAAGCGCUUAAAAAAACAAAACGCUGAUGCUGGUAGUCCAGAUCUGUUACUUGAGGCGUACCUGCUGAAAUAGUUCAUUGCUGAUUUUUCUUGGUGAUGGCCUGUUAGCGCCUGCUGCCAUAACUAUACCGUCAGCGUACAUUGGAGGAGCAUCACGAAUCAGAUCCUCUUGGGAAGCACCCCAUCUCACGUGAACUUUAUUGUACAUUUUUUGGUCUGAUAACGGUCUGACUUUCACCCUCUACUCCCUGUAGUGAAAAUGUAACCUUUUUUUGCGAAUUCUGACUUGAAUGCGUAAAUGAGUGAACAAUUAAGAUCUCCAUUGCGAAGAGAGAACAUUGCCACUUGCUUAGUCUUUCUCCCAGGCUGCUGAGGAGCAAAUAUUUCAGGCUGCGCGUCCCCUGGUAGCGGCUGAGAUCCAGGCCAUGACAUUCCGCGAAUACUUGCCUU